GACAUUUACACCUUGAAAGUGAAACCAGCACACCUUCACGCGCUGAUGGGGUCUCGCAUGUGCGCGCGUUUUGCUGGGUUGGGGGGAUGGCAGGGGCAGCUCGCGACCACGUAAUGGGGCUCUUUGCGUUUGGUGCACAGAUGACAGCGUCGCUUUGUAUUGUUGCCCUCGCUGCUGCUGAUGCCCCGCCUCUGAUGGUAGUCUUAAACCUGGCACCCAGCUAAAACAAACGAAAGUCAGCCUCGAGCUCCCACUCAAGCCAAUUAAGGCGGACUCCAGGCUCCCUCUUACGUGUCCAGCUCGCUGCACGAAAAGCAACAGGAACCAGAGGAAGCUGGCCAGCGACGAGAAGGGACGGCUUCGCUUUUGCCUUCUAAUUUCUUCCCUCGCCAGCACAAAACAAUGUCGAUGAGCCCCAAACAUACGACUCCUUUCUCAGUGUCCGAUAUCUUGAGUCCUCUUGAGGAGAGCUACAAAAAAGUAAGUAUGGAGGGCGGCAACUUGGGUGCUUCUCUCGCCUCGUACAGACAACCGCAAGUCACGCAGGCGACCAUGCAGCAGCACCACAUGGGCCACAACGGGACGGUGCCCGCCGCCUACCACAUGACCGCGGCUGGGGUUUCGCAGCUGUCUCAUACGGCCAUGGGAGGCUAUUGCAACGGGAACCUGGGCAACAUGAGCGAGCUGCCCCCGGCUUAUCAGGACGGAAUGAGGGGCAGCACGACAGCCACCAGCUGGUACGGAACAAACCCUGACCCGCGCUUUUCUACAAUCUCUCGUUUCAUGGGUUCCUCCUCUGGCAUGAACAUGGGCAGCAUGAGCAGCCUGGGCUCUUUGGCGGACGUGGGCAAAGGCAUGGGCUCUCUAAGCAGCGCGCCUAGGAGAAAGCGUCGCGUGCUUUUCUCGCAAGCUCAGGUCUACGAGCUGGAGCGGCGUUUCAAGCAGCAGAAGUACCUGUCCGCGCCCGAGAGGGAGCACCUGGCCAGCAUGAUUCACCUGACCCCAACCCAAGUCAAGAUCUGGUUCCAAAAUCACCGCUACAAAAUGAAGCGGCAGGCCAAAGACAAAGUGUCUCAGCAGCAAAUGCAGCAGGAGGGCGGCUCGUGUCAGCAACAGCAGCAACAGUCCCCUCGGAGAGUGGCAGUGCCAGUGCUAGUCAAGGACGGCAAGCCUUGCCAAGGCAGUGGCCACACGCCCAACAGCGCCGUGCAGAAUCACCACCACCAGGGAGCCAACGUCAUGAUCAUGUCCAGCAACGGCUCAAUGGGGCAGCAUCAGAGCCAGCAGGUGGGCAGUGCCGGACAGUCCCCAGAUUUGGGGCAGCACGGCGCUAGCCCCCCGUCCCUCCAAACUCAGGUGUCCGGUCUGUCACACCUGAACUCUUCCGGUACUGAGUACGGCGCGGCCUUACCCUGUUCCGCUCUGCUUUAUGGCAGGACGUGGUGACGACGGAGUGGACAAUAAAAUAAAGCAGACAGACAAACGGACUGACAGACAGUAACUGUGCUACCCAGUCUCGGCGUCUACCCUGAACAGGUCAACGAGAAAACUGAAAUAAUCAGAUAGUCAUGCGAACAGCGGCUGUUGCCCAUUCUCAUGCUUGACCCCCUAAAUUUUCCUCAGACUGGUGGGGAUACAAAAAAAAAUACAGGCAACGAGCAACAAUUCAGCUCUUUCAGACUGAGAAAAAUGAGAUGACCUUUCCAGGAUGUGCGUCCAAAGAUCGCGGAGUAGAUGGAAUUAUUUAUAAUAGCUUUUAAACGGAGACAAUAAGAAACCCACAUUCCCGACGGAUUAAAGCAAAAAACCUUUUGUCCCCUACAGACGCCUCCUCUCAACCUGACUCUUAUAGAUUGCAAUGUAAGCCGUAGCUUGUACAUUUCUGUAAAAUGGUUGAAUUAAAUACAUAGUUUUUAGCGAUA